UAAAAUUUUGUCGUUAUAUUUUUUUCAUUUUAAUUUUGUCUUUAAAAAAUAAUUUCGAGGGGACGCCUGGACAAAAUUUUGUCUUCGCAGAAAAUUUUGUUGAAAUUUUGUCUUUAGAAAAAAUAGAAUUUACUACGCCAAAUUGGUAAUAUCAAGUGCAUUUCAUUAUCAGAACAUCGAUGUGUUCCACCACUUACUAAAUAACGUACGAAAUAACAAAACGAUAGGCCAAGCUAAGAAAACCACAUUCCAUCCGCGCGCUAACCUAUGUAUGUCCGCAACGAAAAAAAGAACAAUAAACCAGACUUCACCGGAGCUUUAUGCAGCCACCACCAUAAGUAAACGCAAUGUUCCAACGCAAUCUGCUGAAGCUAGUCAAACAAUAACAACUGCGACGCCGAAUAUGGACAAACAUACACCUAAAGGUAUGAGGGCUGAUAGCAGCAGUAAAACAGCGCUGCCGCGAACAACCCUGCAGCAUGCCAAUGCGACUGCUGACAUUUUUCCGUGGGCAGCGUUUGACGAAAAACUCAAUACUGUGUUGGAUACAAAACUGAGCGAUGUUGCCAAAAUGCCAGGCGUAGCUAACUUACACGUUAGAAUGCAGCAACUCCGUGAAGAAACGACAACACUAAAAGCUGAACUGAACGAGAUGAAGCAAAACAUUGAAAUGUUUGAGCAGUUUACGAAUCGUUCAAAUGUUGUUGUUGCGGGAUAUUGUUCGCCUAUGGAUCAUUUUGUUCAAAAAGAAUUUGUGCCGGCUAUGCGUUUCGCGAUUUCCAAUUAGAGCAAUUGCAUUAAAAUAUUUUCUUUUUAAAAAAUUUCUGUGAAAUUUUGUCUUUAAAGAACAUAUUAAUAAAAUUUUAUUUAA